AAUUGAAUGACUCACUGAUCGCAGCAAUAAUUAAAUUGACAAACAUUUAGUCCAUAAGAAGAUGUCAUUCAUGAAAAUCGAUAUCAAUUGGUCACCCUUUCCGGACAGAUUCAUAACAUUUGGAAACGACUUAAAACUGUUUCAAUGCGAGACUUUCGCUAAGGAGGUGCACAAGAGUUUCGCAGGCACUCAACUGUCGGACACCACGUCGGCCACCAUAAUCGCCACCAAUAGUGACGUACAGUUUGUCAAAUGCAUUGCAAUCAAUCCGAAGACAAUUCACUUGGAAAACGAUGUGUUGGUGGCGACGGGACAGACGUCUGGCAAAGUACUGCUCACGUGUUUCCGGUAUAAUCCGGACAACUACGGAGUGGUGGGCCGAGAGUUUGUGCCCAAACACCCGCGACAAUGCAAUUGUCUUGACUGGAGUGAAACGGAUCCCAAUAUGUCGUGCGGAACAACUAAUUGCACGAAAAUCAUAUGCACUGUCUAUGAGUUGGAUACAAACGAUACCGUAUUAUUCACAAUACGCUCCCGUUUUUGGAAGGAGAACAUAGAGCUCAUCAAUUUGGAGGAGUUCCAGAUCUCAUCCAAAUUAGUGGCUUUAGUCACAUCAUUGCCGUACGACGUCGAUCACAGCCUACUACUGCCAUACAUACAGACCGUUUCCACCAAAAUCUAUGUCACCGGACUCGACAGGACGGAACCCAUUCCACUCUGGAUUAUCAUAUUAGCCAUAGUCAUCGGUUUACUCAUUUUGGGCGGACUCGCGCUCGCACUCUGGAAGUUAGGCUUCUUUAAGCGCAAACGUCCGCCGAGUGAUAGCGCCGACAGAGAGCCGCUUCAGUCCCGCAACGGCUAUCACUACCGCAAAGGCGACACAUCCUUAUAA